GAAAAAUGAAAGCUAAGCAGUGGAGUUAACAAUUCAUCCAGAGAAAGAGAGUGAGGGUGUCUAUAAAUACAACCAAGUAACGAAAAUGCAAAGUACAGAUUGAAAAACACCAAAGCUUAUUUUAAAAAUCGAGAGAAAAACGUGUGUUUUAAGUCUAACUUCUUUUUGGCUAAGUAAUGGCUAACUUCAAGGAGAUUAACCAAAGAAAUGUUGUAGCAUGUUUUUUGAUAUGUUUGAUCAUCAUCCUGGUUCUUCUGAAUAAUGUUGUCAAUGGCGAAAGACCCUUAAAAGAGAAGAGUCAGAAUCAUCCUGCAAUUAGUAUAGUUGAUCAGGAACAAGUAGGCAUUGUUACAAAGAUGUAUCAUUUCUUGUGGAAAGCUGGGAAAUCUACCUACAAACCUGUUUGGCCUGAAAUGGAGUUUGGUUGGAGGGUCGUGGUAGGAUCAUGCAUAGGCUUCCUCGGUGCAGCCCUUGGAAGUGUUGGUGGUGUUGGAGGUGGCGGGAUAUUCGUCCCAAUGCUUACUUUGAUCAUUGGUUUUGAUCCCAAAUCAUCCACUGCUAUUUCUAAAUGUAUGAUAAUGGGAGCAGCUGCAUCAACUGUGUACUGUAAUCUGAGUCAAAGACAUCCAACAUUGGAUAUGCCUCUCAUAGACUAUGAUUUGGCUGUAUUAAUACAACCUAUGCUUAUGCUUGGAAUCAGUAUUGGAGUUACCUUCAAUGUUGUUUUUGCUGAUUGGAUGGUCACUGUACUUCUCAUCAUUCUUUUCUUAGUUACAUCGAUAAAAGCUAUACUUAAAGGGGUUGAUACAUGGAAGAAAGAGUCAAGGAUGAAUAAGGUAGUAGCCAUAUUGCCUAAGACAGAAGUAUCUGCAGAGGAGUCUGGUGGAGACUACAAGCCAUUAGCCAGUGGACCUCCUUCUCGCCCUGCACACGAUGCUAAGGUUCCUAUGUUGUCCAAUAUUUACUGGAAAGAGCUAUCAUUGCUUUCAUUUGUUUGGGUUGGUUUUCUUGCUAUUCAGAUCAUCAAGAGGUAUACAGUGACCUGCUCCUUACAGUAUUGGCUUCUGGAUUCAUUGCAGGUACCGAUAGCAGUAUCAGUUUCGCUAUUUGAAGGAGUAUGCUUAUAUAGAGGGACUAAGGUUAUUGCAUCCAAGGGAAAGGAAGUGACAAAUUUGAAGGUGCAUCAAAUCUUCUUCUACUGUUUAUGUGGUGUAAUUGCUGGUAUGGUUGGUGGUUUACUUGGGCUAGGCGGCGGUUUCAUCAUGGGCCCUCUCUUUCUUGAACUUGGUAUUCCUCCCCAGGUAGCAAGUGCAACAUCAACAUUCUCAAUGAUAUUCUCUUCAUCUAUGUCAGUGGUGCAAUACUACAUCCUUAAGCGUUUCCCCGUUCCUUAUGCGGCUUAUUUCGUGUUGGUGUCAACACUAGCUGCCUUAGCUGGUCAGCAUGUUGUAAGGAGAGUUAUAGCAAUGCUAGGCAGAGCUUCAAUUAUCAUCUUUAUCCUUGCAUCAACUAUUCUUAUCAGUGCAAUCACCCUAGGUGGAGUGGGAGUAAUGAACAUGAUACACAAGCUGCAGAACCACGAGUACAUGGGAUUUGAGAAUUUCUGUCAUCGUUAAAAUCAUAUAUAGUUUUUUUAAAAUAUUUAUAUUCCACCUCAAUAUGUAUUAGGUACUUCAAUUGUGUAUUUUUUAGGCGAUAAAUUUCGUCAAUUUGUAAGGUCUCAAUUCAUUAUUAAUUGUAUUUGAGAAUUGAUCAUAAACGUCUAAAGACAAGACGAUGUUUCUCUAUGGGAUGCUCCAUGAAAUGUUUUGUACGUUAGUAGUAUCAAUGUGUUUUUUUUU